AUGGGGCCUGAAAGACAGGCUGAGGCCGUGCAGCUUGAACACGAAGAUCCCAAGACCUCGGCCACACAAUCUAGGGAACAAGGUGGUCUAGGAAAUGAGCAAGUGGCUAAAGCCCGUGACAAUGACCCCAUUGAAGAUGUGUUGAUGCGUUUGGCUCAGGCAAAAGAACUGGUCACCCACGGAAAGACUUAUGAGGAUGUUGAAGCUGUUCGGAGCGAUGCUCUGGACUCCAAUUAUGCAGCCCUUUGCGACAACUUACUCAAAAGGGAUCGGCGUCUGGGACAACUCAAUACACGGUCUUGGCAAGCGACCAUUCACCAUAAUUUCACAAAUCUCAGGAUACAAGAACUUGAAGGCGAGGUUAAGUCGUUGAAGAAAAGGGUUUUCGAUUUAGGAGACGACCAUGAGUUUGUGGAUCGGAAAGAGCAAUUUCCUGUCCACCUUCACGAGUUAAAAAAGUCCCUUGCCCAUGAUUUUAUACUCAACAGCGAUGUGGUUCGCCUCCCUGCAGCACAACAACCAGCGCUAGAAAUUCGACUACCUGGAGGUACUCCUUCAAAACAAAGUCCAGCACAAAAUUCCUCAACGCAAGUCAACGGCCCACAUGGGCAUUCCGCAGAGAUGGUAGAGGAGGCUCGUGUUGAGGUUACCCCAGAUAGAUUGCGGAUCAGGUCUCGGCCUCUCAUGUUCCAUCUGGAAGAGUUGACAGGUACUCCAAUACUCUCUCUAGUAGGGAUGGAUACUGUGUACGACGAUAUGCGAAAGGCUCACAAUUCCCUUGUCUUUCUACGCCCGUUCCGAUUUUUUACUCGACACGAAACUGCCAUCAGAAAAAGCGUCGCUGUCGUAGAAGCCAAGGUCGAAGAGGAGAUACGAAAUGAGAAUCAGGUUAAGCUUGAUUCUCAGAAAAAUCAAAAACAGUUCUCGACUAAGACUCUUCUCGACGACCUUAGACUUCUGAUUACUUUUCUCAACACAGAUCUCCGCCCGACCAUAAAAUUGGCUGCGAGAAUCAAUAAUGGUUCAGCUGCAGUAGUUGAAUAUGCAGAUCUUAAACAUCUCUUCAAGAGGGGUGAUGUUGUUGUUGCUAGAACUGAGCAGGCCUAUGCACGAAUGGUUGUAAACCUGGCGGGCGGGCGUGACCCUCUUACCCACAAGCUUCGUGACGAGAGUAAAGGAACUCCCAUUCCAGUCGAUGGCUUCGCUAUUGACUGCAUCAGUUUUGAAUCCAAUGGAUCUUCCUUUUUACCAAAGGUUGAAAAGUUCUCUAUUAGAAAGUUCCAUGAGUCUCUUGUCAACCGGUUCAGAGAAAGCGGCAAGCAGUUCUCUGAUGUUGCAAAUAGUUCUUUUUGCCACAGAAGGGUCGUGGGCAAAACUAUGGAUGAACCAUCUGUCAACCUCGACGCUGAAGUCAUUGUCGACAUGACUCUUGCAAUGAGCGUCAAGUCUGAGUGGCGACCUGAUCACAAGCAUCCCUCAGAGAGCUUUACUCGCAGUGAUAAGAGGGAAGUUGAAGAGAUGCCCUGGUGCAAGCACACAUUCAGUUACACUACUUGUUGUGGUAGCGAUGUAAUCUUUAACGACUUGGAGUUGGAUGAUUUUGAAGCUGAAGAGUUCACAAAAGAAAGGGGCCACAUGUUACACCCGACUGCUUAUGAAGACCUUACAGAUGAUCAUUUUUUGAUAAUGAGGCCCUACGUUCAUGCAUUCGUUUUACGUUCACGGCAAUGGGUAACAAUACGGUCUGAGGACCUACAAGAAGUGGUAUUUCGAAACAACUUUGACGACCUUGUGGUACCCGAUGAUCACAAAACAACCGUGAAGGCUCUGGUUACCACCCAUGAAAACGCAAGGUCGCCACAAUCCCCUUCUACCCUACAGUCAAGUAUCGGUUCUGUUCUGGACCUGGUCAAAGGAAAGGGAGCCGGGUUGGUGAUUUUACUACACGGUCCACCCGGUGUCGGAAAGACUUCGACCGCUGAAUGCGUUGCUGACGACACCAAGAGACCGCUAUUUCCCAUCACAUGCGGCGACAUCGGCGAAACAGCCUCCGACGUCGAGCAUAACCUGCAAAAGAACUUUCAAUUGGCCCACAAAUGGGGUUGCGUCCUACUACUCGACGAGGCUGACAUUUUCCUUGCCAAGCGAACAAGGAGCGAUCUGCGACACAAUGCUGUUACGAGUGUUUUCCUGCGGAGCCUUGAGUACUAUGCAGGUAUCCUGUUCCUGACAACAAACCGUGUCGGUGCGAUCGAUCCUGCGUUCAGAUCCAGGAUUCAGAUGUCGCUGUUCUACCCGAAGUUGAGUCUCGAUGUUACUUGCCAGCUAUACAUGAAAUUCAUUCGAAGGGCCAAGGCUGAGCAGCAGCGAAAGGGCGACGCUCUGUUCAAGAUCAAGGAGAAAGAAAUUCUGAAGUUUGGCAAGAAGCAUUUCCGUGUUUUGGAGAAGGGAGGUUACGAGACAUGGAACGGAAGACAAAUUCGGAAUGCCUUCCAGACCGCUAUUGCCCUUUCCGAGCACCAGAGUAUGGUCAAGGCUCCCGAGGAUCCCAUCCCAACUCUAGGGAAAGAGCAGUUUGAAACUGUAGCUCGAGGAUUCACACAAUUCGAUGAGUACCUCAACAAGACGCUUGGAGGAACAGAUGCCGACGUAGCUAGGAGAGAAGGAUAUCGCAACGACUACUUCAUGAAUGCAGGAAACCCACCAGCUCCCAUGGUUCCGUCCUACCCUGCCUAUUCGAGACCGACAGCUCCUCAGGGUGCAAUGGACAUCAACAGUGACGACGAUAGCGAUUCAGACACAGAGAGUGACAAGGACUCUGAUGAUGAGCCUGGACAGACUAAGAAAGGGAAGAGUGGAGCUGCGGGUCAGGAAACGGCUGCGACUUCAGGUCAGACUGCUGAUGAUAUGAACGAAUUUCGUGAGUACAUGAUGUGGAAGCAAAGAAAGUCGCAGUUCAAGUGA